AUGUUCGAAGCCGGUGGUAUCAUGGACCAGUACCAAGGUCGUACCAAAGAUCAAGUGUCACUUUUAAUGGCACAGAGUCCUCCUUCUUUUGCUCAUACGCUUCGACGGAUUUGCGUUGUUGUGUUUGCAUUAGGAAUAGCCAUCGGCUCGCAGUCGACUGCUACGAGUUGGAUUGAUGUAGCAGAAGCUAUCCUUCAUUUUAUCAAGAUCUACUUCAUCAUGUUCUUAUCAUUCCUCGGCUGGUAUUUCUCUGAGGAUACCGAGAAUCAAGACGAUGAGAACGAAACCAGUCAGGAGGUUGACCAUGCGAGCGAAACGACGUCAGGAGAUGGUUCGAUUGGAUUGCAGAAGUCUACCACGAAUACUUCAGAAGACGAUUUGAUUAGAUUGCAGAAAUAUUCUAACACGGAAAUUUCCAUAUUAUGGAUGUUUAUUGGUACUGAGACACUCUUCUUUGGGAUGUUUGCUCUAGGCAUUAUCGAUUUCACUGCUUUCCUCUUUGUCACUGCGGCUUCAACGGCUGCAGUCUUGCUCAAGGAACUGCUUAAUAAUCCCAUCAACUGCAAUUACGGCAACUACGAAAAGACAAAGCGCGAUCGGAAACGUUACGAUUACUUUGAGGCCAUUGCUAUUCAAGCGAAGCUCAAAAUUCGAGACGCCAAACUCAUGGACGAGUUGUUUCGGGUCGCAGCAUUCCUUGUGUGCAACAUGAGCGACACAACGUUUCGACGAUCAAUCCACGAAACAGUGUGUUCCCUUGUUCAAAAGCGUACUCGCUUCCUGUUUGAGUGUCCUCGUUCCAAGACAGAAGACUUGUUGGAGCUGUGGGAGAAAUGGAUAGACUUCCUUUUGGUUACUGCUGGUAGUCGCCAGACCCUGCCCAAAUUGGCCGAAUACUUCCAAGCACUGCUGCAGCUUACUGCCAGCGUCGGCAACAAUCAUCUCAAGCAUAAGCACCUUCGCAAAGGAACACUAUCUGGAGGCACGAAGCACCUUCGUGAGAUUGUGAUGCGACGUUGCCGGGCGUUGAUGAAGGAAGGUCGUUGGGGAAAGGCCAUGUUUCAGUACCGAAUCCAGUCUUACUUGUUUUCAGAAGAAGAGAAGGCGCAAGAGACGAGAGGAAAGACAAAAGGUUAUCUCGAAAAGAAGAUCAAGGAGCGCCAUCUGGGCACGUUUUUGCAGAUCCACAUUAACCUUACUCUGGACCAGCUUACCACGAUGCCAUCGGAGAAUCUUGCGAAAUCGUGCGACUACACAUUGCGCCUUGCAGAGUUAAUCCUGUCGGAGAAGUAUUUGCGGCGGUCCGAAAAGACUGUGUGUGUCAAGCUGCUUUGGAAACUCCUUUGUGAAGCUGCGGGCCUCCUCAUGGAGGUUCCGGCUUCUGCAAUGAGUGUGCAUCUCUCCAGUAACCUUGAAAGCAUCGAGGCUCCAGCAACCGUUCAGUAUGAGCUAUUGGUAUUGCUUGCGCGUUUCUGGAAAAUCUGUGCUAUCUCAAACCAAGAUAGCGACCAGUUCGGUCGAUAA